ACAGAGAGAAAAAUUCAUCGAAAUUCAUAGAAAGAAAAAAAAAAUAUUUCUACCACCUUUUUUAAAUCUUCCAUUCCCCCUUUCUUCUCUCCCCCACUCAAUCCCACUUUUCCUACCGUUCUAUCAUUGACAAUCGUCAGGAAGUCACCUGCAGUGAAAUUCUGGAUCACAGUGAGAAAAACGUCUCGAGGAAUCUACCGCAAUUGUAUAUUCUAAGCAAGGAAAGAACAUUAAUGGCAGCUAGAUCGGACGUUUGUGAUCGAUUGCAACACGAUUGCAAAGAUCAUCGAACGAGUUAAUGAUCACGAUCAAAAUAAGACAGCCGGUGAAGAGAAGUGAAAAGAAGAAGGUGGUGGUGGUGGGAGAAAACGAAGAAGCACGAAUGAUCGUAUCUCAUCGAGAACGAGCGCAUCGGCAGCGCAUGCAUCGACGUACGAUUCUCAAGGAAAACGACGCCGAUCGUCGACGUACAACGUCGUCGAUAACGAAGAAAGAAUCGACGACGAACGGUGGUGGUCCGAUACGUUGAAAGAAGGAAAGAACAUGGACAAAAACGAUUUUCUGGUUAAUCUUCAUUAUUUACCUAUCAUACUAUUCGUUUCGCUGCCGGCGGUGUUCGUCCUCACAUACGUCAUAGCGGUAUUAUCUGAUCACGUAGAAGCAGGAUUCCCUUACAUUUCGGACGUUGCUACCUCGGCACCAGAAAGUUGCAUAUUCGCUCAAUUUAUGAACAUGAUUGCUGCACUCAUGUGCUUCGUCAUCUAUAUAAGAUACUCUCAAGUGAAGGAAUGUACUACUGCAUUUCGUCUUCAAGCAUCUCUACCAAGAUGGAAUUAUUGGGCCUUGAUUCUUGGCCUAACAACUACCUUAGGUGUUUCGAUAGUAGCAAACUUUCAAGAGACAUCGGUCAUCGUUGUUCACAUGAUAGGUGCAUUUUUAUGUUUUGGUGGUGGCACGGCAUAUUUUUGGACACAGGCUGUUUGUUCGUUCUACUUGCAUCCCCUUGGAUGUUCUUUAAGAAUGGCCCAUCUUCGAACGGCACUAUCAACUUUUUGCACGGUUUGCUUCUUCGUCAUAUUCAUAACCGGAGUCCUAGCUAGUCUAGCAUAUAAAGGUACUAAUCCUCAGAAAUGGUACAAAAAUGACGGUGGUUGGGAACUUCACGUUGCUAGUACCGUCACCGAAUGGAUCUGUGCGAUUGCAUUUUGUGUCUACAUCUUAACGUUCACUGAUGAAUUCAGAGACAUUAGGAUGAUUCAUCCAAAGAUUCUAUGCAAUUUCAACCGUUCAAGAUCAAGUAACGAAGUUCUGAACGAAAGUCAGGCUUCUCCGUUGUAUCAAGAUCAAGGGAGUUCAACAGUUACCUGAUCCCUUAACGGCAGAGGUACCGGUGUCUACGUGAACCU